UCUUUUCUGUCUGAUGUCAUGUCUAUUGAUUUUAUUCAGAAUUUCGACGUUUAAGGCAUACAUAGCUUGCGUGAGCUAAUAAAAGGAAAAAAAAAACAAUUUUGGUGGUGAUAAGAGAGUGUGGUGAUUGUAUUUGAACAACUCAUUUUGUUCAGGGUCAUUUUGGUCCGAAUACACCAUUUAGCAUGUUGUCAUGUGAGUGAGUGAGAAAUAAAAGUGAACUGCUGUGCCUUCUAGUGAAUAAAAUCGUGAAUUUUAAAGUUAAUUACUGUUUUAUGUUGGAUUAAUGAAGCUGCAUGCUCGCUAAUUCAUUAAAUCUAUCAAAAAAAGUUGUGAAAAAGUAUCAAUGCAAUGGGGUCCAAGUCCGGUUUUGAUGGUCAUGACGCAAAGCGUCCAAGAAUGACAUUAGUUACCAGUGAAAAAGAAUGUGAGACAGAAGAUACAGAUGAUGAAGAAAUUAAUGCGAUGUUUAAAGCAAGCCACUAUGAAGAAAAAGUUAUAUAUGUAAAGGAAAAGCACCUGCGUACGCAGACUACCUCUAACAUCGAACAAACUAGUAGUUCUUGGUAUAAUUCUUACCGUACACGGGUUAUUAGUAAGGUGGGAGAUACAAGUCGUCACUAUGGGAGCACAGAAUAUGAUUGUCAUAUAUUGGAAAAGAGAGACGAACAAGAACGAGUGCAAAAGAAAACUUUUGUUAAUUGGAUCAAUUCUUUUCUGUGCAAGCGAAAUCCACCUUUAAAGAUUCAAGAUUUAAUCCAGGAUCUUAAGGAUGGCACUAAACUUCUGGCACUUUUGGAAGUUCUAUCGGGUGAACGACUGCCUAUGGAGAAAGGAAAAGUUUUAAGAAGACCUCAUUACUUGAGUAAUAUAAACACAGCACUGCAAUUUCUAACAAGCAAACGAAUUAAGCUAGUCAAUAUAAACCCUUCUGAUAUUGUUGAUGGGCGACCAGCUGUGGUACUAGGUCUUAUCUGGACAAUCAUUCUGUACUUUCAAAUAGAGGAAAACAGUCGAAUUUUACACUACCUAAACGAGAAUAUUAGUGGUUCCUUGAGCAGCUUAGAUAGCGGAUCAACAUCUCAUAUUCCGAGCCCCAGCAAGUCAUUCCUUCAUGGAGCAUCUCCUAAUAUUACAAACCAAGCCAUGCCUAAGCAAGGACCAAAGAAAACGCUCCUCGGAUGGGUGAAUAAUGCGCUUCCCAAAUCUUCUGGUUUAGAAGUGCGUGAUUUUGGUACAAGCUGGAGAGAUGGCUUUGCUUUCCUUUCACUUAUUGAUGCUAUUAAAACAAACGUAAUCAAUAUAGCAGAAAUGAAGAAAUAUAACAACCGUUACCGCUUGGAUACCGCAUUUAACAUCGCAGAGGCAGAACUUGGUAUCGCUAGGCUACUCGACGCGGAAGAUGUUGACGUUGGAAGUCCUGAUGAGAAGAGCAUUAUGACUUACGUGGCCCAAUUUUUACACAAAUAUCCAGACGUGAAGAACAUGAAUUCGAAAAGUGAAAGUGAACAGGAGCUGCUAGAUUUACUUAAUUGGUUACGUAGUGCCGUUUCUUAUUAUGAUAGAUUGAAUGGAGCAUAUCCUAACAACUAUGAACUGUAUGAAAAUAUGUUCCACGAGAAAUCUGAGAAGCACAAUGUAUAUAAAAAAGUUAAAAAUAUAUACGCGAGCAAAAUAACACCAGAAGUACAAGAGCUCAACAAUCUUUGGCCACUGCUAGAAAAACAACUUCAACAAUGGUUGUGGUAUCUGGACUGUAAUCUUCCAGAUCAAUUUGGUGUUAUUGGUUUGUGGCUGUGCAAUGGAGAGAAAAUUCUCAAUGAUGAUGAUAUUCCAAACAGCAUGAAUGAAGAGACAGCUUCUCUUAUCAGUAAAAAAUUGGAAGCCCAUAAACAGUUUUUUGCUGCUUAUUACGAGGUUCUUGAAACAUUCAACGAACUAAAAACAACAAACCUAGUUAGAGCUGUUCCGGAGAAUCAACUAAACAAUAUUCAUACAAGGUUGAUCCAAAUUGAACCUAGAGCCAGACAACGAAGAAUAAAGCUCAAGUUUCUUGAACACAAGUGUUGCUUGAUUGCAUUUUUGAACCUGUUGGAAAACAAAAUAAACAGUGUGAAGUAUAAUAACGAAGAUGUUGUGAAGCAAUCUCUGGAUCAAUUGAAAAACUUUGUGACUAAAAAUCAAAUUAUGCAAGAAUUUGAAAAAGCUCUCGUAGAUAUGCGUCAAGUUAUUGAAGAGUACAAGAUGGAUGGCAACAUAUCAAAAAAGGAAGUAUACAACAUUGAUUUAUUCCUGCGGGACAUUGAAGAUCGAUGGAAAAAUGUAUCAUCUCGAUUGAUAUGUACAGAAACCAUGCUUGAAGACGUUCUUACGCAUUGGCAACGAUGGAAAUCACUCACAGUUGAUGUACAAAACUGGAUUGUUUCAGCACAUCGUGCAAUGUCAGCGGAUGAGGAUGACAAAAUAGACUUUUUCCAAAGUCUUAACUCAUAUAAGGAAAAGAUCGAGAUGCUCUCGGACACAUUUAGCAUUUUAAAAUCAACAUGUGACAUGGAAACAGUGGUCAGCAUAGAAAAGCAAUUUAAACAUAUUUUGAGCCAAUGGGAGCAAAUCUUUCAAAACACCAAGCAAUAUCUUCAUGUCGGAGACAUUUUGCAGCACAGACUCAAAUUCAAAACGGAUGCUGCUCGGCUUAACGAAUGGAUUCAAAAGGCAGAAAGUAUUCUGGCAAAGAAUAAUUUGAAAGAUUCUGGCGAUAUAAAAAGGUGUGAAGUUGAAAUCAAACAAAUUGCCUGUGAAAUUGAAUCGAUGGAGGACUUGUUCAAGUCAAUAAGUAAAAGUUUCCAAAUACUUAUCAAAGAAUAUUCUAGAGAUGAAGUGGAUAAAAUGAUGAACCUUAUGAAGCGAGAUAAAGAAGCACUGGUUUGCAUCAGAGCCCAGAUUCCUUUGAAAUUACAUUUGUUCCAUCAACUGUUGACCCAACAAGAUGCUUUGGAAGCAGGCCAUAGAGAAAUUACAGAGUGGCUAGAUGAAGCAGAGAAUUUGUUGAUUUCGUAUGCAUUCAGUAACGAUCCUCAACAAACGAAAGCUAAUCUCGUGAAUCACAAGUCAUUCUUCAGCCGAGUUUUAUACUACAAAUCUAUGUUGGAAAGCAAAAAUAAUGUUUAUCAAAAUCUGUUGAAGCUGACAAACAAGGAUAAAAGUAUUAAUGUGAAUGAUUUGUCCACCAAAUUCAAACAAUUGAAUGAUCGUUUUGCUUAUGUCAUCAACAAUGCAAAUGACUGGGAGUACAAGCUGCAAGAAAACAUAAAAGUGUGGGAAGGCUUUCAGAGUAGUUCGAAUAAAGUCGAAAGUUUUCUACGUCAAGCCGAUGCUUGGCAAAAUGCGACGAUACCGUUGGAGAAAAAAGCAGAUGUUGAAGCGCAGUCAGCGUUUUUCACAAGUUUCGAUCAAUCCAUUAUAAAUCAUUUGGAAUCACAUACAGAACAACUUCUUAAAUAUUUGCCUCCAAACGAGCAGCAGCAUUUAAUCAAAAAAGUUGAAUUGGUACAGAAGCAAUGGAGUGACAUAAUUUCCAGAAUCCCGCAACAUUUAUUAAAGCUAGAAUUCAGAUCCAAUGAGAUCAAAUUUUACAACCUCAUAAACACCAUAGAGAAGGAGUUGAACACAGAGGAGCAAUCCUUCAACUGUAAUGAUAAUUUUGAUGCCGUUUUAGAAAGGAAUGAGGAAUUUUUCAAAGAUAAUGAUUUACAACUGGUAGAGAGUGUCCUCGCAUCAUUGGAAAAUACAAACUAUUUGUACAUGGAAAAGUUUCCAAAUGAUCGUGCCCUGUUCCAGCCAUAUCAAAAUGCUAAUGAUAAAUGGGUUACUCUAAGCAAACGCAUUGAGAACGUGAAAAAUAUACUUCAUAAGAUUCCUGCCCAAUGGGCUGCAUACCAAUCAAAAUUCAACGAAAUGAGCGAUUGGAUGACACGCGUCGAUGAAUCUUUAAAACAAAUUUUGGCGGAAAAAGAGUCAAUGGAACAAUUUGAGCAAGAGAAAAUUGCCUUUCAGUUGAAAGAAAUAAUGAAAAUAUGCUGCGAGGCUGAUGCGAAGCGAGAAGACAUGAAGUGGCUUGUAAAGACAUUAGAUUUUCUUUUGAGCCACACAAAUGAAGAUCAGGCUACCAGAGAGCAGGACAAAAUUGAAAAAUUAAUUACCAAAUACAAGACCCUGAUUCCAAUAAUAGAGACAACCAUGAUAAAAACUGAAAUUUUCGCAAAAUGUUAUACGUAUCGCCGUGAAGCUCAAGAAAUAUGUGAUCUUCUAGACCGGAUAAGAAUGCAAACCAAUGAUUUACCUGCACCAGAAAGUCUUAAACGUGUAGGAGAAAUGAUAGAAGAACAAAACUAUUCAAUUCAGGAGUUAGAUAACCAACGGGCGCAUAUAAUGAAAAUGCUUCAAAGAGGAAAAGAUUUGAGUAAAAAUGCGAAUUCUCCAAAGUUUAUUGCAGCAGAAAUACAAAAACUAGACCAAUGCUGGAAUAGUACAUAUAAUGACACUGCAGAAAAGUUGCGAACAUUAAAUAGUUUGCAUAAAAUAUGGAGUGAUUAUAAUGUUGAAAAAGGAAAAAUCGUUAGUCUUUUGAAUAAUGCAGAAAUCGAAUUGAGAUCAGUUACACCUUUGCAAACCGAUCCCAAGAGCGUAAGUCAUGAUCUGGAAUCAAAAAAACAAUUGGUACUAAACCUUCGACAGGCAUCAUCAAAAUCAUUGAUACAGUUGAAUGAUCUGUGUCAUGAUCUAGGAUUAUCUCUUCCACCUAUCGCCAAGCAGGCGAUUGAAAAAGAAACUCAUGAGCUUGAAAAACGAAUUGAUAAUACCAUGAAUUAUGUGGAAAAAAGAGUUGAAUAUUUAGAAGACUACAACGAUAAAUGGAAUGAAUACAAGCAGCGCCUUGACAGUCUCAAGAGUUGGGCUAACAAUGUGUAUCCAAAAAUGGUCGCAGCAAUUAAGCAACCACACAUUACACCAGAAGAUCGAGUUGUGAAAACAAAUCAGUUGGAAAAUGUGUUGAGUGAAAAAAUUAAAAUUCUCGACAAACUUUGUGCAAGUGCGUCUGAUUUGGCAUCAAAAGAGGGAAACCUGAGCGAGAUGAAACGAUUGAAAAGUGAAGUUGUUAGACUUCAAGGUACUUUUUCUGAAAUGAAUAAGGCCAUCAGCAUCGAAAAGCGUUCUGUAAAUCAAGAUCUUGAUAUGUGGCAAGAAUUCAAUCAAGAAAUUGAAAAGAUCAAAAUUUGGAUUUUGCAAACCAGUGAGGCAUCCGAGUUAAGAUGUGGCAAAGUUACACAGCUGCAUGAAGCCAAUAAGCUGCUAGCUAAAUUGGAUGGAUUGAACACUGACUGUGAUGCCAAAUUACUUCAGGUUCAAACCAUGGCAAAGAAAUUUAAUGCAAUUAAAUAUGGCGCAAAGCCCACUGAAGAAUUCGAAAAGUGUUAUAUGAAUUUAAACGAAAUUCACGAAAAUUUGCAACAUUUCAUUGCAAAAAUAAACAAACUGAUUAACAAUUGGUCAGCGUUGGAAAAUGAUUUGCAAAAAAUUAACACGUUUCUUACAGAUGCCGAAGCUCGUUACCAGAAAUAUUCCCAAGGCAAUAUUCAUGACUUGCAAAUAGACAAGCUGGAAGAUAAUAUAAAAACUCUGAAAUUAUUCAAUAAUGAAAUUUCUGAGCAGCAAGCUAAGUUAAUCAGUCUAUCACAUCUGUUUGACCAAAUGAACAGUAGUAUUACUGACGAAGGAAAUUCUAUUUUGAAAAACAAACUGCUAUCUUCUCGUGGAAUUUUGACAAAAAUUAACGACAAUGUUCGAGGAUUGCUCAAUGAUCACUAUGAACAAAUAGUCAUUCAACAGAACUUCAAUGCUCGGAUGACAGACUUCAGCAACUGGAUGGAUCAAAUUAGAGCAAGUCUGAGUGAACUUGAUAAAACUGCUCUAACUGAAGUUGACCUAACACUUCAAAACGUUCAGUAUUUGAUCCAACAACAUGCUGGUAAACGAAAUUUGUUCAACGAUAUUUAUUGUCAUGUUAAACAGUACAGUCUUAGUGGAUCUGUUGGUGAUAAUUCGGUUCUCAGUGAAACGUUUUCGUCUUUAUCCAGCAAUUAUCAAGGGCUUGAGUCAUGCUUGCAAAAAUAUAAAAAUUAUUUACAAUGCUGGUCAGAAUUCUUGCACUGGCAUCAAACGACAAAAGAACAGGUUACAUUUAUAAAGGAUAAUUUGCUUAAUUAUGACCAUAUACUUGAAGCAGAAUUACACGACUUUAAAGUUAAAAUAGGGGAAAUUAAAGAUAAAAUUAACGAAUGGAGACAAACAAUGAUAAAACUUGAGCAUCAGCCCUGUAUACAAUUUUAUGAUCAGAUGAAAAAUGUAGUAAACGCUGUAGAACUGAUAGCCGACUUGGAAAACAAAAUUGAUUCGAUAAAAAUACAGGCUGAUACAAAACUCAAAGAAAUUUUUGAAGUGAAAGAAAAAGUUGAAGUAUUUAAAAACACACAAAAACAAAUAGUUGCCAACAUGAAUAAUAUUUCUGAUCAAUUUAAACUUAUUCUUGGAGAAGCGAGUCUGUGCAAAAUUCAUGAACUUGUUGACAAAUUGACAAACUUAAAUGAACAAAUUGCUCAUGAGACUACAGUUCAAGCUCAGGCUCGGCUUGAAGGACAGUUGAUCGCUAAACAAGAUAAAAUGCCUUCUUUUGCAAUUCAAGAAUCGCUUACGGUUCUCGAUAAAGAGUUAGAAAAUAUAAAGCAGGCUACGGAGGAAAUACUGGAACUUUUCUCUGUUGUUCGUAAUUCUUAUGUUGAUUUCAAUCAAUACAAUUUAGAAUUUCACAAUGAGUUGGCAAACGUUAACAGAAUAAAUAAUGCUACUGCACUCAUGUUUGAUGAUAAGCCAUCCUUAGUUAAACAAUUGGAACUUUUGAAACAGGUAUCUGAGUCGAUGAAAAAAAUUAAGAAAACCAUUGACUUAUCAUCAAAGAAAGGAAAUGAAACUGUCAAAAAUUUUAGAGCGUAUAAUGCUGAAGAGUGUGACAAAAUCCUUGAAAUAAUCCGUCAAAACAAUGUCGAAUUUAAGAAUAAUUUGGAAAUUUUAAUUGAUAACAGCAACGCUCUUGAUCAAAAACUUGCUUUGUAUAGACAAGUUGAAGAGCUAAGUCGUGACUUAAUCAGCUGGUUGGACGUAACAAAAGAUAAAUUUAGCCGUGUUUUAGAAAAUCCCAGUGAAAUUGAUUAUAAAAUAUCGAGCUAUAAAUCAGAGUUACCUAUUCAGGAAGCAUUCAGAGAAAACUUUAACAGUCUGCUGCGUGAAUUUAAAAGUUGUAAUAACAAUAUAUUACCAAAGGACCUGCUCGAGUUGAAUAACAACUUGAAUGAAAUGUUUGAACAGCUGGACUUGACUGUUAGUAAAUUGAGUAAUUUACAAUUAGAAUGUGCUAAGGAGGAACGCAAUUUGAAAGAUCAAAUAAAAUCAAUAAUAGAAAAACUAUACAAAACUCGCGAAGAAAUAUUACACUGUGAGGACUUAACAUCAAACAAUAUAAAACAACUGCAAAAUUUGGAGAAAAUUCGACAGCUAAGAAAAGAACUCAAUUUAAUCGGAGUAGAAAUUGCUGAUCUGAAAAAUAAAUUCAUGAGUGUCGAAACUAAAUAUGACUCUAUUAAAGAAGGAACAAUUUCCAAGGAAAUCCAAAACCUGGAUCAACGAUUUGGAAUUGUUAUAAACAGCCUAAAUGAUAUUGAAAACAAACUCAACAAACUUGUUGAAAAAUCAUUUCGCGAUAAGGUGGCAAUACUCAGACGAAUGGUGGGCUCAUUGGAUGAAAAAUUGAGGUGGUGCAAUCCUGAGUCGUGUAGUGAUAAAUAUAAUUUGGAAACGAAAAAAUCUAACUUAGAUGAAAUCAUAAAAUCAAUUGAUAAAUGCAAGGAAAAUAAAAAAGAGUUGACAGAAUUGUUAAAAUCUAUUGAAGUGGUGUUAAACAACUCUAAAGUUGAACAUUUGGGUGAGGAAAACCUGGAAGUCGAACGCGAAUUAGAGCGGCUGAUACAAAGCUGCAAUAAAACAGCUUCUAUCCUGUCCUCGAAUAUAUGUUUGUGGCAACAAUAUGAAGAAUCUUCAGGAGAAAUUAUCAAGUGGUUAAAAGAGAUGGAGCAGAAAAAUAAGAUGGAGACUGUUAUGCUUAUUGAUCUAAGCUCACUUUUAAUCACGAUUGCCGAAGUUAAAGAUAUCAGAACCGCUUUAGCCGAAUUUGAACCAAAAUUUCAAGCUUUGCAUCAAAUUGGCGAUCAAAUAAAUGAAAUUAAUCCCGAUUCAAGAGCAUUGAACCUAGUCCAACAUUUGCAUUCACGGUAUAAUGCCUUCGCGAAAUAUUUUUCUGCGUUAAUCGAUCGGCUACUAGACGUUGAGUCAAAAUCACAAAAGUUUACCGAUAAAAGUAAAGAAGCACAUGACUGCCUUCAGUCUUUGAAGCAACAAUUAGUAUCCGAAAAAGAUUAUAAGGGACUCAAAGAUUUACGCACACGAAUUAUUGGAAGUGAGAAUUUAAUUAACGAUACCUGCUCGUUUGGCGAGCAGUUGUAUGCUGAAGUUAAUUCUGAUUGUCGUGAAGCUAUCAGAACAGAAAUUCAUGCACUGCGAGCAUCGUAUAACUCUCUUGUUGACGAGUGCAAUGCAGAACUGAAACGGAAAGAAGCAGAAAUAAUGAAUAAAAAAUCAAUAGAUGAAAGUUACAGUCAAAUCUUGAAAUGGUUAUUGGAACUUGAUAGAAAAAUGUCAGAGUUUCCCCAGUUAUAUUCAACGCUUCAAGACAAACAAAGUGCAUUAUUCAGCUGUAAAACAAUGCUAGAAGAUGCUCGAGCGCAUGGGUGUUCUUUGGAGCAGUUGAAUAAAAAAAUACAAAAUUUAUUUGCGUCAGACAUGGUGGCAAAACUACAUGCAUCUCAAUCUAAACUUGAUACAAUAACUGAAGAUUUAAUGAAAAGAAUUGAUUACUUAGAAAACAGUGUUAAAAACCAUGAAUAUUAUCACUCUAUUCUUGAAAAAUCCAAAGAUUGGAUGAUGAAAUUACAAUCACAGACAAUCGAAAUAUUCAAUGAGAAUGAGUUAAGUAAACCGAGAAUAGAAGAAGAUUUAAUGAUUCUUGAAAACACGUUGUCCGAAGAAGAAGCCGUUUUAGACAGUAUCAAUGAAUGCUACAACCAAUUCACUAAAGUGAUGGGACAAACGCAUGAAUAUGGGCAUAGUGAUCUCUUAAGAGUUUUCGAAAAUGACAAACAUAGCUGGGUAAACUUUUUUGAAAAAUGUCAAGUAAACAAAGAAAGACUUUUGACUGCAUUGAAAAAUUUGGGGGCACUCAGUCAGAAAACAGAAGAUUGUUUGCUGAAACUAGCUGCAUUCAAACAUAAUAUUAAAGAAAUCUCUGGUAAAAUUCCUUUAAAUGCACAACAAAGCACAAUGAUGGAGCUCAGUGAAAUAAAGAAGGAUAUUGAAAGCUAUGGAAAUUAUGUCAGUAAUCUGAUUGAAGAGUGUCAAAACAUGAAGUCAAACGGGGAGCUUUCAAAUAAAGCAUUCCAACUGCAGAACGAAUAUCGUAGCCUUACUAACCUCUGUUCAGAUGCAAUGCUUAAAGCAGAAGCUACUAUCAAUGAUCACUGUGACUUUAAUAAAACCUUUGAUGAUUUCCGAGGUGUUUUGAGUGAAAACAUUGAUUCUUUAGAGCAGUAUAAGCAACUGGUUGGUGAUUUAACUAUUUUACAAGAACGCCAAGCAAGACUUAAAGAGCUAUCAUACAAGCGCCUGGAUGACAGUAAUGUCUUGGAAGAAUUAAUUGCUAGAGGAGAAAAGUUAUGUACGCAAACAUCGCCAGAUGGUAGAGAACUAAUCAGACAUAGAAUGUCUGAAAUACGACAAUUGUGGGACAAGUUUUCCGACGACUUGGAAGUUGUUACUCAAAAAGUAGACCAUUGCAUAAUGCAAUUUGGAGAAUUUAGUCUACAACAAGAGCAGCUAUCCAAGUGGUUGAAAGAUAUUGAGUGUUCUAUGAAAGCUAAUGCAGAACUCAAGUCAAACAUUCAGGACAAACGCGCACAGUACCAAAAUCAUCGGCUUAUGCAUCAAGAAAUUAUAUCACAAAAUGCUUUGCUGGAUGCCGUAUGUAAUAAAGCUCAACAAUUGCUAACAAUCACGAGGGAUCAUCAUCUGGAAACCUAUUUGGUAUCAAUAAAAGAUACAUAUAAGAAUAUUGUUCAGAAAUCAAAUGAAUUGUUGGAUCACCUAAAAAAUUCUGUUGAACUACACGUUCAGUACGCAAAUACUUGUACCAAAUUAAAAAAAUGGAUUUGCGAAGAAAAGGAUAAAGUUGCACAGUUUGAAGAUGUAACUGGCGAGAAAAGUGAAAUUAAUAAACGAAUAGAUGCUUUAAAUAACUUAAAAACAAAUAAGUCUCAAGGAGCCGACUUGAUGAAUCAACUUGUGACCAGCUUUGAAAAUAAUAAACCAAGCACUGCGCCUCAAGGCAUAUCGAUUGCAGAAGAGGAGAUUGAAUCUACUAAAAAAGAGUUCACUGAAUUAUACACAUUUAUUGACAAUCUUAUCGAAAAACAAAAAUUGGCUUCUGUGAAUUGGGCACAGUUCGAUAGAGAUCUGGAAGAGCUUACCAAGUGGUGUAGGUCUAUGGAGGUAAUUUUCCGAGAGCAGCCAUUGUUUGAAUCAUUGGCCAAAAAGAAGUCUCACCUUCACUUGUACAAGAACAAUUCAAAUUUCAUAAUCGAAAAACAGAAAACGUUAGACGAAUUUGUAACAAAUGCUCAAGCUUUAUUCAGUAAAACAGGUGUAGAGAAAAUAAAGUUUUACAUUAAUCAGUUGAUCAAUCGCUAUCAACUUAUUAAUGUUCUGAGUAAAGAAGUGGUAAAUCGUGCUCAGAACAUUGUAAAUGAUCAUGAGCAUUACGAUGACAAGUUGGAAGAAUGUAACUUAAACUUUUUAACCAUUAAUGAUAUGUUGGAUAAGGUUGAAAGUGAGAAGAUGUCACCUAUUGCACAGUCCAUAUUGCAAAAUGUGGAAAUUGAAAAAGAAAAAGUAGAAAAUAGUUUGUCAAGAUUGAACAUGAUGGGUGAAAAAGUUUUAACAGAAACAAGUACCGUUGGUCGUGACAAAAUACGUGAAGAUAUGGGCAACGUAAAAGAACGUUGGGAUCAACUAGUUUCCAGAAUCAACAGUUUGAAGAAACAGUUCGAUGUCAGAACCGUACAAUGGUCAUCGUAUCAAGACAUUUUGCAACAAGUUUUAGUUUGGCUUGAUCAGACAGAAAAGAAAAUAGAUGUAAACGAAUUACGAACUUGGAGUUCAUCGCAAGAAAUUAGAUCAAAACUUUUCAAAUAUAAAGCAUAUCUACAAGAAAUUAUGGGUCAAAACAGAAUGAUUGAUUCAUUGAAUGAUAAAGCUGCACAGUUGGUCGAAUGUGGAGACGAAGAUGUCAAUGCUAAAAUGCAAUCUGUGAAUGAACGAUUUGCUUUAUUGAAAAAAACGGUUUCCAAUAUGAUUGAUAGAUUGGAUCAGUGUUUGGCACUUUGCAACCAAUUCAAUGAGCGUCAAAAAUCAUUCCUCGAUGAGUAUGAUAUUUUACUGAACGAAUUAAAACAGCUCUCCGAUGUUUCGGGCAACAAAAAAAUGGUUGUGGCAAAUUUUAGAAAUGCAGAAAAUCUUCAGGGAAAAAUUCCUGAAAUAACUGAAAGAAUAAAUAGUUUAAGAACCCUGGUUACAGAUAACGAUGAUCUUAUAUCCUCUGUAGCGAAGAAAAGUAUGGAUCAAGACUUGAUAAAAAUUCAAAACGAAUUCGAUAAACUGGCAAGCUCUGUAGAUGAAACGAAGAUAGAAUUGGAGAGGCGAAUGAGCUUAUGGGAUGUUUACCAGCAAGACCUGGAACAAAUUGGUAAAUUUUUGACAGAAAUAGAAGACUCAAUGAAAGGGUACACAUUGAAGAAUUUUCUGGUGGAAAAGCAAGAGCAAAACGAGUACUACCAAAUGUUGAAUUCUAAGCUUAAGCAAAAUUAUUUGUUAUUCGACAAAUUGAUGGAUAAAUCGUUAGAAUUGCUGCAGAGCAGUGGUGAUGGUAAAAUUUCUCUCCACAUGCAGCAAAUGAAAUCAAGAAUGCAGUCAAUAGAAACAACAGUAAAAGAAAUAAUGAAAAAGUGUGAGCAGGCAUUUGAAGAUCAUAAAUUAUAUAACAUGAAAUAUAAUGAAUGUCUAAAAGAUUUAGAUGACAUAAGAGACACUUUCGGCAAUAGUAAACUUAGCCAUCAGUCUAAUUUGGAAAACAGCAUGAAUGUUGUAAAGGGCCUUAUUGCAAAACAAAACUGUGUCAGCGUCAAAUGCAGUUCUGUUUCUGACAUGGGAGAAAUGCUGUAUGGCUCGACUGCUCUUAAGGGACAACAGGCCAUUAGGGUUGAAAUACAGGAACUUCUAUUGAAAUUUGAACAAAUUUUUGACGAAAUCAAUUCAUUUUUCAAAACAUGUGAAACGCGUCUUGCCAAAGUUUGCGGGUUAAAUGAAAAAUUCCAACAAUUCCGAGAUUGGCUUCAUACGCCCCAUCUGGAUUUGUCUCUUGGAAUAGUUCGUAAACCGACGCUAGAUGAAAAAAUUACUCAGCAUCAAUUUUAUGCUGAUCUCAUUGUUGAGUUGAAAAGUCAUGUGCCAGAACUAAACAAUCUAAAGGAUUUAGUUGAGACUUUGAGUGAUAGAGACAAUAGUAUUGAUGCAUGCUUCAAUGAACUUAAUGAAACUUUCAACUACAAACUCGAACAAGUCCAGACAUUUGCCAAUGCCUAUGAGCAAAUUGUAAGCAAUCAUAGACAAUACUGCAAAGCUGUUUUGGAAACAUCAGAUUACAUCGAUGCGAAUCACAACACUAUUGAACUGUGGGGUGAAACAGAUCUUGACCAAGUUUCAUUAAUGACAAAUAUGGAUCGUCUAAUUGAACUGAAAAAGUCAGUGUUGUUAGAAACAAACAGAAUUGAACAAAUUCGACAACUUGGACAAGCAACUAUUCCUGAUACCAGUGACGAUGGUCAGUCAAAUAUUAGAACACAAAUUGACAUUUCUCAGCAGGAAUGGGAAGGCCUUUUAGCUGCAGUUGAUUCGACAAUAGAAAAAAUUCAAGCUAAGAUUACCGAAUGGAGUGAUUUUGAAAAAUUACGAACAGAAUGCAUGAACUGGAUGCGUAAUGUCGACUCUAACAUUCACUCAGUUGACUUAAAGUCAACUUUAGACGAGAAGAAAAAUACCUUAGAUUAUCUGAAAAGCCUACAAGGUGAAGUUAAGGCUAAGGAGCUUGAGAUAGAUUCAUUUACUGAAAAAGCUCAACAGCUCUAUAGGGGGUAUCUUAGUAAUAGAAGCUCCCAAAUAUCAGAGCUAACAAUCAAGUAUCAACAGACAGCAAGCCGCAUUAAAGAACUAUCGACUAGAUGGCAACAGUAUGUGAUAAAUCAUCAAGAAUUGGAAACUCAAUUUGCUAAUCACAAAGUAUGGUUGAAUAGUGUCAAGGAGAAACUGAACUACUGUGCUGACUUAUCUACACCGUCAGAAAAAGAUUUGCAGAGUAAACUCAAAGUUAUCCAUGACCUCAUUGUCAAUAAAGAUGAGGGAAGUACCAGGAUACAACAGAUAAUUGACUUAUCACGACAAGUACUAGCAUGUACAACAUCACUUGGCCACGAAGCAAUUAAUCGCGUUGUGGCCGAUUUACAAGAUGAGUGGUCAUGCUUAACUCUUAGAAUGGUUGAUGUAAAAAGUCAGUUGGACGAUGCCAUCAAUCAGUGGUCAGGAUUUUUGGAUCAAGUAAACGACUUGAAGAAGAAAAUAGAAUGGAUGGAAACUGAAAUGAAGCUAUUAUCAGAAUUCCAAGGCAAUAUGGCUGAGAAACGUGCCCAGUUGGAUAAAAUAAAGCAUACAGAAGAAAAAAUACGCAUUGAACGUAUUGAAAUUGAACCAUUGAAAAAGAAAGCUGCUGAAAUGAGCAGUUCCGGUCAACAAACGCAAGCUGCGUCUACUGCCCAACAAAUUCUUGGCAAAUUUGACUAUAUAGCAGAUCAAAUUACGAAACUGCUCACUGAACGUGAAGAUCAGUAUCGUGACCAUCGUUUGUACAAAGAAGCACACGAUGAUUUGACAAACUGGAUUAACCGUGCACGAGAGAAAUUGCCGUGUGCCAAGCAACAAUCUCUCAGUGACAAACUAACCAUCGAAAACGCCAUGGCUCCUCUGGAUUCACUUAUGAAGAAGAGAGCUCAAGGUGAAUUACUGGUCGAACAUUUAGUCCAUACAGGUGAAGUUGUGUUGGCUUCAACUUCUGGCAAAGGAAAAGAGACUAUCAAAGCUGAUAUCAACCAACUCAAAAAUAGUUUUGAAACACUUUUCAAGGAUAUCGUUAAUCAAAAGCAAAAGCUCGAACAAACAAUUUCAUUGCUAAGAGAAUACAAAGAAGAAUAUGAGCGUUUGUCUGAGUGGUUGCAACAAAUAGAUAUAAUAGUUAAAAAUCAUAAGCUUGCAACCUCAUCCAACUUACAAGAUAAAGAGAAACAAGUUAAGGAUAUGAAUGAAACCAUUGCUAGAUUGGAAAAAGGUCAAGACGAUUUAAACAAGUUUAAUGCUUUUGCUGCACCAUUAUUGCAAUCGCAUUUGGAUUCAUACAUUGGCAAUCAACUACGACAUCUUAACUCUCGAUAUCAGGUACAAGUGAAUAUCGCAAAAGAUGUUUUGAAAAAAGUUGAAUCUAAUUUCGAAGCUCACAAAGAAUAUAAGGAACAUCUUACAAAAGCUAACAAUUGGAUUGACAAUGCCAAAGAAAUUGUACGAUAUUCUAUUGAAAAUGUAGAAAAUGUUAGCAAAGAAAACCUUGAAAAGCGUCUCGAGAAGGUUAUCGAACUGAUUCAGCAGCGCGAGCAAGGGCAACAGCUGGUGAAUCAUACUGUCAAUACAGGUGAAAAGGUCGUCAAAACAACAAAAUCCGAUGGUAAAGAAGUAAUCAAUAAUGAAAUUAAGGAAGUUCAAAAUGCAUGGGAUCGUUUGGUUAAGAAAAUGUCAACCGCUAAGGUUCAUUUGGAAACAAGUUUGCUUCAAUGGGCUGAUUAUAGCUCCAGUUAUAACCAUCUUCAACAGUGGAUACAGGAUCGUGAGUCAAAGCUGCAGAGGGUGUGUGAGCAAAAAGUAGUUCGAUUUAAAACUGGUAAACCAUCAAGCCUAAGUAUUGGGUUGAACGAAAGAAGAGCGAAUUUACGGCAGGCUAAUGAUAUUGUGCAGGAUAUUGUAUCUUUUGAACCAAUGAUUCAGUCUGUAGCAAGCAAAGCUUCCGAUUUACACCAAACAUCCCCAGCUUCAGAAAUUUCAAACAAAUAUGAAACACUUAGUAAACAAGCAAAGGAGCUUUUUGCUAAACAAAAAGAAACUGUCGAGUUACAUCAAGCUUUCAUUGAUUCCAGUAAUGACUUCGCCGCCUGGAUUCGUAAUGCCAAAGAAUGUAUAAACAAAUGUUCUGACUAUAGGGGCGAUAAAGAAUCGUUAAUAUCAAAAAUGUCACAACUAAAAAUUUUAGAUAACGAUGUAUCUGUAGGGCAAAAGAAACUUGAAAAAGCUCUAGAACAGGCAGAAGUAGCAUGUCGAAAUGUAGAAUCAGAAGAAUGUGAAGCAAUAGAAAAGGAAGUAGCUAUUCUGCAAGAUGAGUUUGAUAAUUAUUGUAUUGUAUUGAAAAAAAUUGCCACAUCUUUGGAGAAUGGUAUAGUUAGAUGGACAGAGUAUGACGAUCAUUAUAAAAAGGCAUUAAACUGGAUUGAUAAAUAUGAACAGGUUAUUCAGUCAAGCAACAAAAUGCAAAACAGCUUAGAAGAGAAAAAGUUUGUUUUAGAAGAGUUUCAGGAGAAAUUACAAACGCUUUUUGAUUGGCAAAAGGAAUUAGAUAACCUCAAUAUUCGGGCACAGAUUUUGCUGGACAUUUGUGCGGAUACUAGAGUGAGCAAUGGAGUUACACAGCUGACGACAAAAUACAACGUUUUGCUGUCAAUUGCAAAGGAAAUAAUGCGACGUUUGGAGCUACACUAUCAAGAACACCAGCAACACAAUGCAUUCUAUGGCGAGUGUCAAGACUGGUUGGAACGUAUGCGAGAAAAGCUAAACGAAUGUGAUGUCACUCCACAUUCAAUAGUUGAUACUCAAGCAAAAUUAAACAUCAUUAAAGGAAUUCGCCAAAGUCUGGAACAGGGUCAAAAUAAGCUGCGUUACCUAUUUGAACUUAAAGAAAAAAUUGUUCUCAGUACUGAAUCAGAAGGUGCAUCAAAAUUGGCUGAGGAUACAGAAAAUCUAAAAACGGAAUAUGAAUCAUUGAUGGUUGAUAUUCAAGACAUACGACAAAAGCUUUUAAAUCAUUUGACACACCUCGAAGAUGUUGGCAAGCUAUCAAAAAUGCUCUCCGAAUGGAUUGAUGAGGUGCAAAAUAAAUUGGAUGAUGAACCAAUCCUGAUUGAAUUAUCUGAUAAAAGGGUUGCAUUAGAAAAAUAUCGUGCAAUACAUCGUGAAACUGGAAAUUACAACGAUAUUGCCGAAAAGAUAAAAACCAAAAUAUCAGAAAAUCAAAACGUAAAUUCUGAAUCCAUUCAAAAAAUAUUAUCUACCUACCAGGCAUUAGUUGACAAAGUUGGUUCAGAAAUUGAACAUCUUGAGAGCCAAGUAAGCUACUACGAAAAAUUCAAUCAAGGUCAACAAGCACUUUACGAUUGGUUGAAGAACACUCGAUCAAAUACUGAGAAACUAUCAGAUUAUCAUGGAGACAAAGAACAAAUUGAGUUACAAAUUAAUCAAAUCAAAGAUAUUGAACUAUCCUUCUCCGAAGGAAAAGUGCUGCUAGAAAAUGCACAAGAUUUAAGCAACAAAUUACUGAACAUCGUAGGUAAUGACGGUCAAGACACUGUGAAACAAGACAUUUUGCAAUCCAAGUCUGAUUGGGAGGAUGUAGAAGUACUUACCAAAACUGUGCAUCAAACUUUAAACGAAGUUUUGGGUUCAUGGGAAAGCUUUUUCGAUAAAUCUGAAAACAUACAAAAGUUUAUUGCUGAAUACAAAGAACAAAUAGAAUCAUUAUCAAACGAUAAGGGAGAAGAUCAAGAAAGCAGUCUGAAAAAACUAAAGCAUAUCUUGGAUAUUGUUACUACCAAGAAAAAUGAAGUAGAUGAACUGAACGAUGUUUGCGAAGUUUUAAUGGAGAAAAGCACUUGCUGUAUGGUUCGAGAUCGUACAAUUGAUCUUCAAAAAAGUUAUUCGGGUCUCUUAAUGAAUCUUCAAGGUUUAAUUUCCCAGCUCCAAAAAAAUGUUAUGAGUCAUACCGAAUUCAUUUAUUAUAAAGAUGAAUUGGAUAAAUGGAUAAACAACGCAAAUGAGGUUAUCAACGGUUGUCAAAAUAUACCAAGUGAUGACAUUUCUAUUAUAAAACAAGAGAUAAUUAACAUUCAAACUAUCUCAAACACUAUACCACAAGGGCAAAAAUUGUUUGAAAUGCUCCAGGAUGCAUUUACUAAAUCAUCAUAUUUGUAUUCAGAAGCUAAGCAAACGGAAAUGUUUCAAAUUAUAUCUUCGUGUAGGGAUGCUAUGGACUCAGUUGUCAUAAAAAUCAAUGCAAGUCUUGACGAAUUGAACGCCAAACACAAUCGUUUGGAGAUAUACGAUGAUUUAAAGAAUAGAGUAACAGAUUGGCUGAAUCUUACAGAAGGUGUACUUGAAUCUAUUCCGGAAACUCACGGAGAAAUGGGAGAAGUUAAAUCAUUGCUUGAUAAAAUGAAACAUAUAGAAACAGAAAUUUCAUUCAAACGAACUGAUCUUGAGAAUAUUCAACAAGAAGCGCUAAGUUUAUUUGAUCCAAGCAAGAGUUCGUUAGAAAUGGACCGAGUAGCAAAUCUUCAACAAAGAAAUAUAAAAUUGAAUGAAAAAUGCGUGUACACAAUAAAAAAUUUGGAAUUGGAGCUUCAAGAGCAGAUGCUGUACUAUCAAAAUUUGCAAGAAAUUGAAAAAUGGUUGCUGCAAAUAUCAUUCCAAUUGAUGGCACAUAAUUCACUUUACAUACAUAACCGAGAACAAACUCAAGAACAGAUCGCUCAGCAUGAAAAACUUUUGAAUGAAAUCCAACGUUAUCAGGUAACCAUUGAUGAUUUCAAUGUGAAAGGACAAACGCAAAUUGAACGAUAUGUGCUGAAGGCGCCAGAAAUCAAGAACCGAAUUGAAAGUCAAAUGAAAAACAUUAAAGAUAGCUAUACAUCUCUGUUGAAUACUUCCGUGCAAAUUAAGAAUAGACUGUAUGACUCUUUAAACAAAUUCCAAGAAUAUGAGAAUACUCUAGACGAUAUUGCCCGGCGGCUUGAUGAGUUUGAACCAGAAAUAACUCAGAUGAAACAGAUUAAAGUAUUAAGCUACGAUGUUGGAAAAGAAACUCUAGAAAAGGCGCAAAGUUAUCAUAACAAAUUGCAGAUUGAAAAAAGUCGAUUGAUACAUGCUGUUCAAGCGUGUGAGGCAGCUACUGCUAGCAUCAGCAGACCAAGCUCUCCAGUAGAAAGUGCCCAUCAGGUUAUUCCUGAAAUUGAAUUAAUGGUUCGUGCGCGACUGGAGGACCUUAUCGACGAGGUACAAUCGUGGAUUGAAGAUUUGAUUUCGUCUAUUAACAAUUGUGAACGACAAUACAAACAAAGGCUUGAACUUGAUCAGUGGAUUACGAAACAAGAUGCUUCAGUUACCGACUGGCUUUCGAAACCCUUUAAAUUACGCACAGAAACUGCUGAACAAGAAAUGCGUCAAAUGAAUGACCUGCUAAAAGAAAUUUCCGCGAAAAAAGAGCUCACUGAUCUAGAUCCAGUGUUAUUAGACAAGUUGCAUAAUCUACAGAACCGACUAGAGCAAGCAGUUGAUAAGAAAAUGUUGGACCAAUUGUGCAUUAACAACUAUAGGAAAAUCCACGAAGAAGUACAAGUUUGGUUUGAUGAUAUCGUUAAUCAAAUUGAUUCCCCUGAAAAAGGUUGUGGCAUGAAUUGUAAACAAAAGUUGGAAAACAUCAAUGAAAUAAAGAAAAACAUUGAAAACAACUGUGAAAUUAUGAAAUUGUAUAAGCAAAACGCUACUCAGGCUUCGGGAAUCGUGAGUAAUUUAGAUGCUCAGCAAAUAGCUGAACAAACAAAAUCAGUCGAUCGCAGGUAUAAUGACGUGCGCAAAAGACUUGAUAGAAAAAUUGAUGCCGUUGAUUCCACCAACAAUAUAUACAAUAAGAUUCAUGCUGAUGUUAACACCAUUAAUGAUUGGUUAUCUGAAAAACAUAAAAUAAUUUCACAACCAUAUCAAUUAGACGCUGAUAGCAAAUCAGCUGAGUUGCAGCAACAAAGUUUCAAAUCACUUUUAAAAGAAGUUGAAGAAAAGCAAUCGCUGCUUGAUACAAUUGGAAAAAGGUUUGCAAGCAUUCAGCCUGACUUAGAGUCUGACGAGAAACAGAGUUUGGCUAAUGACAUACUCAAGGCUAAUGACUCUUCUCGAGAGCUAGUAAAUUGCAUAUCUAAAGAAGUUGACAAAAUCGUUGAUGAUAUACUGUGCCGCAAAAAUAUGCAGAAUAAUCUUGAAAUGAUGAGAUCAUGGAUUAGAACAAAACAAAAUGACAUUAAUAAAGCGUCUGAUUAUGUACCAUUGUUGGCAUCUAACGUUAAAACAGCGUUAGAACUAUGCAAGAGACACGCUCUUGGUAUACAGGAAUUCAGAGAAAAUGCCUUUAAAGAUGUAACCAAACAGGUGCAUGAAAUCAUGAAAGAGUGUAGCACUGAAGGGCAGAAUAAACUAUCUCGAGAAUUUGAGUUGUUGUCAGAUAAAUUGCAAAGUUUAUCCAACAGUUGCAGCGAAAAGAUAUCCUUCCUCGAGCUAGAGCAUAAAAAACGCAUUAACUUUGAAACCCACAAAGAAAAGUUAUUGGAAUGGUUUAAUUCAGCUGAAACAGUGAUUGCUGCGGAUGUACGACCCCUUAGCUUGGUUAUCCUGAAAGACCAAAAAGAUAAAUUAGAUCAUAUAAAUGAUCAGAGCGAAUCAAUAAAACAAUGUGCAAAAGAAAUUGAGGAGUACAAAAACACUAUAGUUCCAUCUUUAAAUGAGACAGAAAAUAAUAGCAUAACUAUGCAAACCAGAACACUGACUGACAAGUGGCAAGCAAUCGAUAAAGCGUUGAAAACAAAACUUAAGAAAAUCAACGAGCAUAUCCAAGAGUAUGAAGAAGCUUUGCGAAAGAUUAAUCAAUGCGCUGAGUUUGUAUCCACAGUUCAAACUCGUCUGCGUGACAUGAACAAACCGGUUGCAAGUAAAAUUGAAAAUAUUCAGGAUGUGUUGAUGACAUACGAAACAAUUUUAGGGGAUUUAAAAGAAAGGCGUAUUGAUCUUAAUACCAUAAUGCUAACUAAUAUCCCUCAGCUCAGAGAAAUUUCUUCAAAACUAGAAGAGAUGAUUUAUAGUAUGGAAGAACAACUAAGACGUUUGAAAACGACAUUAAACAUGAGAGAUCAAUUCGUUGGAGCGAUUAAUGAAGUGGUGAAAACCAUUUCUAUUAUCAAUACCGACUUUAAUGAAAUUGACCAGUUUUCUAAGAACGUGAAUGAAAGGUUGGACAAAUAUAAUGCCAUACUGCAUCAAAUUGAGCAAUGUCAUCAACUGCUGUUAUUGGCAUCGGAUAAGGGACACGCUAUUGCAAAUGAAGGAACGGAUCUUGACCGUCACAAUAUAACGGACCAGUUAAAUGCAUUACGUGCACAACUUGAAUCGAUAAAAAAGAAUGUUGAAAUUGAACAAGAUAAGUAUCAAAAGCAGAGAAUCUACCACAAAAAUAUCUCCAAAGACAUUUUGAAGCUCUUAGAGUGGUUUAGAUUGAAGAAUGACAUCAUCAAAUCUCGCCCAUUAUAUUGCGAUGACUUGAAAAUAUCUUCAGAGCUCAUUUGUGACAAUGAAAACUUGUGCGUUCAAGCCCGUAAUAAAAUCAGUCAAAUUUGUGACCUACUAAAUAAACUUAAGUAUGAGUCCCAACUACCAGACGACUUAAAGGCAUACAUGCAAGAAGCCGACCAGCUUAACAACUCGAUACCAAAUGAAUUAAAUUCUCGUGAAUUAUACUUCCAAGAAAACCACAGCCAUCGUAUUGCAUAUCAUGCUAAACUCUCUGAAGUCGAAGAAUGGAUUAAGAAGUUUGAAAAUCAGUUCGUAAAGCAUUUCGAAUUCAAGAUGGACGUUGGUAUUAUUGAGGCAAAUCUUAGUGAGUUGUCCAAAUUUGUGAAAGAAGAAGCUGACCUGAGGAACGUACUAUAUCAUGACAUUCAAGAGCAAGCGGAAUUAUUUUGGAAUACUCUCACUGAAAGUGACCAAGACAAAUGUUUGUUGUAUCAUGAAAAUUUAAAAACGCGCAUGACAGAAGCUUCACAUAAGGCCGCCUUAAGACAGACCGACUUACUGGCGAAUAAAGAUCUGAUACAGCGACAUAAAGCAUAUGAAGAAAAGCUUGUGACAUGCUUACAAAAAUACAAACUAGGAGACUCAGUGCUGGCAUUACCUACCUUACCCGCUCGUACAAAUCACAUAAAUGAACUUUUGAAUGCGCUUAUGGCUGAGCAACAAGAACUGAACUUGUUCAACGACCUAUCUAGUAAAAUAAUUCAUCAAACUGACCCAUCUGAGAGUGAUAAAGUAAAUAAGCUUAAUUUGGAAAUCAACCGUAAUUGGGCAGACAAUAUCACUCUUUUGGAGAACGUACGAGAAAAUUUAAACCAACUGCAACAUCAGUGGAAACAGUUGGAGAGUAUUUUGCUGGAGCUUGAAACCAAAUUAAAUUGUUUGCUGGAAAAAGACAACAAUCUAGACUUAACCGUCCGAUCAAGAGAGGAAAUUGAUUCUAAAAAUAAAAAAAUAGAGGACCUUUUGGAAGACAAAGCUGCUCUCAAUGACUUGUACUUGAAGGCCAACUCUCUGGCAAAAACAUUGAUUAUUGCUUUGCAAGAGCAGCAAUUGAAACCGUACUCAUUGGAAGAUAAGCUAAUUCAUUUGAAUCAGGUUGACUCAAAAUUGACAGACAACCUAAAGAUAAAGCAAAAGCAGCUGCAGGAUAAAUCACUUGAGUUAUUACUCUUCCUAGAUCAAAUAUCCAAUUUAUGCACCGAAAUCGAGCAAACGUCUGACAAGUUGAUAAAACUAAAUCCAUUUGAUGAAAGAUUGCAACAAACAGAAAAGUCGAUCACAGCGAUCAAGUACAAAAUUGAUGAGUUUGUAGAUAAAAAGGGACAAUUUUGUCAAAAAAUCAGUGAAAACUACCUGCCAACACAACAGUUUAUUCCUACUGAUUUGACCAAAAAAGUCGAUUUACUACAAACAUUACUAAACAAUCUUAUUGCUGCAAUGGAUAAGUGCAACAUUGACUUCAGACGAGCCAAAAUAGUGAGAACUGAUUACUUCGUGGUUUACGAUAAAAUCAAAACAUGGAUUGAAAAUGCAGAACUGACAAUGACCAACCAUAAUAUUGAUCCAAGUGAAUUGAAGACAAAACUUGUUGCACUUGUCAAUGGCGAAAAGGAUAUCCAACUGGCACACGAACAACUUACAGCGUAUGGAAAAGAAAUCAUUCAAAGCUCCCCAAACAGUGAUGAUAAAAUCACAAUGCAAGCAAAUGUAGAUCAAAUAACAUUCGAACUGAGCAAAACAAUGCAACUUGUCGAAGAUAAAAAUCAGACAGUGGAUCAAAUACUUGGAAAUUGGGCAAACUUUAUGCGGGUUUAUCAACUAGUCAUUGAUUGGUCCAUCAAACUACGUGCACUUUUAGAACGGAAAUUACAACUUAAUACUCUCUAUGAAGCUCAAUUGGCUUGUCAAAAUUACUCCAGUGCUGUUUCUAGUAUAGCUGAUGUUUCGCAGAAUUUAAGCGAAAUGAACCAUGAAUUCGAUAAAAUCAACGAAGUUUGUUCGACUGGAUACUUGAAAAAUAAACUACACGAAGCAGAAACUCUCAAAACCGACAUUGAAACAGUACUUUUUGAGAGGAAUCUGUUUCUAUAUGAAACGACAGAAGAGUGGCAACAAUAUGAAAAUAAAAUAGAAAGUGUUAAAUCAUGGAUUCAAGAUUCCUACCAAACCCUAAACUCGACGGAAUUAAAAAGCAAAACACUUCGAGAUCAACUUAGAAUUCUUGAGCAGAUGCUUGCUGAUAUAUCUGCUCAAAAAAUUAAAGUUAACAUGUCACUAGAAAAACUUCAGGUACAUUUCCACUCGGAAAUCAUCUACUCCGACAACUCCAACAUUGUUCAUAUUGGUCGGACCACGAUUGGUGACCUGGAAAAAUUGAACAAAGACGUCUUUCAAACUACCCAAAACCUGGACAAGGCACUCACUCAAAUCGAAGACUGCCAAAACGAGAUGCAGGGGAUUCGUCAACGCAUCGUACAGGAGGAACAGCAGCUCCGGAAUAUUUUAUCACCAUUGCAUCAACCAAGCGAUAGUGAUAAAACCGAACAGGGUCUGCUGUUAAACUGCACUCAACUGCUACAGUCACAGGACCAAAUAAAAUCUGCAAUACAACGCGAUGUCCCUCUGGCAGAAACGAAGGAACUUGCGGAAUCGAUAUCACCAUUAUCUUCAACGCAUGAAGCUGUUACUCCAGGAAACUCUGCAACCCACAAAUCAAGCCCAACAAAUGCUUGGAAUAAUUCAAAUCUCACGUAUGCAGAAGUUGUCGCGGGUCUUCGUCGCCAACGUCAAAUGGUGUUCGAAUAUAGCAGCCAAGAGAAAAUGCGUGUUUCCAGUCAACCAAAAAGACAAAAAGUUGAUCAAAGUGUUGAGGGAACCAAUCUUGAGAAAAAUCCUCUUAAAAUUGAUGACAAAACGGAGAAUAAUAAGAUGACCGAUGCCGUGGGAAGAAAAAGAAAUCCGAAAAAAAGUGUCCAGCAAAAUCAUCCAGGAAAGUCCGAAAGAAAGGUGGUUGAUAAAACAGCUGUGGUACAACAAUUAUCCUCUGAGCAUCAUGCAACAACUUCGGAAGAGAAUGCCAAUAGAUCAUAUGCAGAUGUCCUCAAGGCACUCAAAUCUGGUUCAACCGAUCGGACCACGAUUAUUUCACACACUGCAACAAAUAAUCAAGAAAGCGGUAAAUACAACGUUGAAAAAACAACGAUGUUUUCGAGUCAACAAAAUGUGCCUCCAUCACAAAUGCUUGAACAAUGUGUUCAUGUCGACCUUUUAACAAAAAAUGGAAAUCCGUUGGCCCAAAAACAAAUCUCAACAAAACAAGGAAACAUUUCCAAAAAAAAUAAACAAAAAAAUAAAGCAAACAUCAAAUGCCGAGAAGAAAUCCUGAGUAAACCUACAAUCAUCAAAUCUACGGAAGAAUCUAUGAUUCAAAUCACCCCAAAUCAACAGUCAUUUGAAGAAGUUUGUGUAACUGACCAUUCUAUAGACUCAAGACUCAAAGACUGUUCAGAUAUGAGUGUAGGAAAUUCUAAAGGCGACCAGAAAAAUGGAAACCGCAAAGAUUGCAAUGUUGAAAUCACUCCCGAUACGAACAAUGCAACUAAGAUUUUCUACCAUGAGAGCAAAAUCAACAAAGUUGAUAAAUUUAUAAGUGAACCAAAUUUGGUAGAUAUUCCAAUACCAAGUGAUGACAUUCUACAAUCAAAAUCACAAGGAGGCCAGGUGUGCGUUGACAAAAAAAGUACAGUUAAAAAAUACGAAAAAAUAAGAAAAUCUAAUUCUUCCAAAAUAGCAGCAAUGCUGAACAUAGAAAAAAUGCAAUUCGAGAAAGAGUUGAGCAACGACCAGUCCAACAUGACGACUACUGUGCACUCGAGUGAUAAUUAUGUAGUUGAUAUUAUUCAACCAAGUUUCAGAGAGCAUGGUCAUGUUGCAACAAUAUGCGAAAGUCCAAACAGUUCUUUUAAGAGUAAUCUUAUUUUUGAUGAUUACGAUUAUAUGAAUGCGCCUUAUAAAGAAUCAAUAGGAGCAUUGAAAACUGAUACUGUCAAGACUGUUCCUUCAGGACAUGUAAAUAAUGGAAACUCAAGCAAAAAGGUUGAACACAUCGACACUACCACUGUUGAACAGAAUAACAUUUCACAAUCAUCGUUGAACUUUGGUCAGUCAAAAGUAACAGCUACUGGAAAGGAUAAAAAAGGUGCAAAAAAGACGGACGAAACCCAUCUUAAAAACAUUAGAUGGCGUGAUAACAGGCAAAAAAUAUCCAUGAUUACGCAUGAAGAGCACAUGUUAAAACCCAUAUCGUAUAUAAAGCUAGAGCUUCCUGCAAUAACUGCAGAUAAAUUAAUUUACGCAUGCAACAACAAAUCGCAUCUGGAAAAACAUGUUUUCCAAGAUGAGUCAAAUGUUCCUGAAGAAGAAACAUUAAAUUUAGACUCUUCAUACAGAAAAGAAUGCGAAGUUGCUUCAGAAAUAUCCAUGGCAAAUUUUGCAUGUGAUGAAAAAUCAUGUCACAACUCGUCUAAAUACACCAAACAAAUUCUGACUACAGAAAAAAGCUUCGAGAGUGACGAAAUUCCACUGAACAUAAUGAAAACGUCCGACGGUUCAAGCCAAAAUGGAGUUGAAUCAUUGCAAAACCAACGACAAACUCAGUUUACCACUACUAUAUCCUGUGUAUCAUAUAAAACUUGUACUAUACUAUCAGAAGAGUCAGGUUCAAGGCAUGUAAUAGAAGAGUAUUACACCAACCCAGAUAAAACAAAGCAAACAUUGAAUCAAUUAGAAAUUUCAAUGGAACUGCCAACAUUUUCAUCGGCGUCUGCACAACCAGAAGGUGUCAAAACGGAAGAGGAAUUUUCAUCAGAGGAAAGUAACAUGACAAUGCGAAAGGAAAUAUUCAAAGAACUGUCAAUGGAUAUUAAACAACUUGUCCAACCAUCAGUUGCAUCAAAAAUUUCGGCAGAUCAAGAACAUUUUAAAGUAGAAGAGAAAAUUUCUGCAGAAGAAAAACUCUUGAUUCAAACGAAGGAAGAAUCGAUUACGAGCGAUGAACCCAUCGAUGAAACUUCCUUGACAACGGAUUCUCUCCAGGUUGAAAAUGUCAACACAGAAAAGGAUAACUCUUCAAAGGAUGUGAAGGAAGAAAUGUCGACGGUUGUCGAACAACUUGAUCAACCAUCAGUUGUACGACCAUUUUCGGCAGACCCUGUUCAAGAAGAAGAGGAAAUUUCUGCAGAAGAAAAACUCUUGAUUCAAACGAAGGAAGAAUCGAUUACGAGAGAUGAACUCAUCGAUGAAUCUUCCUUGACAACGGAUUCUCUCCAUGUUGAAAUUGUCAACACAGAAAAGGAUAACUCUUCGAAGGAUGUGAAGGAAGAAAUGUCGACGGUGAUCGAACAACUUGAUCAACCAUCAGUUGUACCACCAUUUUCGGCAGAUCCUGUUCAAGAAGCAGAGAAAAUUUCUGCAGAAGAAAAGCUCUUGAUUCAAAUGAAAGAAGAAUCGAUUACGAGCGAUGAACCCAUAGAUGAAACUUUCUUGACAACGGAUUCUCUCCAGGUUGAAAAUGUCAACACAGAAAAGGAUAACUCUUCGAAGGAUGUGAAGGAAGAAAUGUCGACGGUUGACGAACAACUUGAUCAACCAUCAGUUGUACGACCGAUUUCGGCAGACCCUGUUCAAGAAGAAGAGGAAAUUUCUGCAGAAGAAAAGCUCUUGAUUCAAAUGAAGGAAGAAUCGUUUACGAGAGAUGCACUCAUCGAUGAAACUUCCUUGACAACGGAUUCUCUGCAGCAUGAAAUUGUUGACACAGAAAAGGAUAACUCAUCGAAGGAUGUGAAGGAAGAAAUGUCGACGGUGAUCGAACAACUUGAUCAACCAUCAGUUGUACCACCAUUUUCGGCAGAUCCUGUUCAAGAAGAAGAGGAAAUUUGUGCAGAAGAAAAACUUUUGAUUCAAACGAAGGAAGAAUCGUUUACGAGCGAUGAACUCAUCGAUGAAUCUUCUUUGACAACGGAUUCUCUCCAGGUUGAAAUUGUCAACACAGAAAAGGAUAACUCAUCAAAGGAGGUGAUGGAAGAAAUGUCAACAGCUAUGAAACAACUUGAUGAACCGUUAGAUGUACCACCAAUUUUGGCAGAUUCAGAACCUGUCCAAGAAGUGGAGGAAAUUUCUGCAGAAGAAAAGCUCUUGAUUCAAAUGAAGGAAGAAUCGAUUACGAGCGAUGAACCCAUCGAUGAAACUUUCUUGACAACGGAUUCUCUCCAGGUUGAAAUUGUCAACACAGAAAAGGAUAACUCAUCGAAGGAUGUGAAGGAAGAAAUGUCGACGGUGAUCGAACAACUUGAUCUACCAUCAGUUGUACCACCAUUUUCGGCAGAUCAAGAACCUGUUCAAGAAGAAGAGAAAAUUUCUGCACCAGAAAAGCUCUUGAUUCAAAUGAAGGAAGAAUCGAUUACGAGCGAUGAACCCAUCGAUGAAUCUUCUUUGACAACGGAUUCUCUGCAGCAUGAAAUUGUUGACACAGAAAAGGAUAACUCUUCAAAGGACGAGAAGGAAGAAAUGUCGACGGUGAUCGAACAACUUGAUCAACCAUCAGUUGUACCACCAUUUUCGGCAGAUCAAGAACCUGUUCAAGAAGAAGAGAAAAUUUCUGCAGCAGAAAAGCUCUUGAUUCAAAUGAAGGAAGAAUCGAUUUCGAGCGAUGAACCCAUCGAUGAAUCUUCUUUGACAACGGAUUCUCUGCAGCAUGAAAUUGUUGACACAGAAAAGGAUAACUCUUCAAAGGAUGUGAAGGAAGAAAUGUCGACGGUGAUCGAACAACUUGAUCAACCAUCAGUUGUACCACCAUUUUCGGCAGAUCCUGUUCAAGAAGAAGAGGAAAUUUCUGCAGAAGAAAAACUUUUGAUUCAAACGAAGGAAGAAUCGUUUACGAGCGAUGAACUCAUCGAUGAAUCUUCUUUGACAACGGAUUCUUUGCAGCAUGAAAUUGUUGACACAGAAAAGGAUAACUCAUCAAAGGAGGUGAUGGAAGAAACGUCAACGGUUAUCGAACAACUUGAUCAACCAUCCGUUGAACGUCAAAUUCCAGGGGAUCAAGAACAUGUCCAAGAAGAAAAACUAUUGAUUCAAAUGAAAGAAGAAUCGAUUACGAGCGAUGAACCCAUCGAUGAAACUUUCUUGACAACGGAUUCUCUCCAGGUUGAAAUUGUCAACACAGAAAAGGAUAACUCAUCGAAGGAUGUGAAGGAAGAAAUGUCGACGGUGAUCGAACAACUUGAUCAACCAUCAGUUGUACCACCAUUUUCGGCAGAUCCUGUUCAAGAAGAAGAGGAAAUUUCUGCAGAAGAAAAACUUUUGAUUCAAACGAAGGAAGAAUCGUUUACGAGCGAUGAACUCAUCGAUGAAUCUUCUUUGACAACGGAUUCUUUGCAGCAUGAAAUUGUUGACACAGAAAAGGAUAACUCAUCAAAGGAGGUGAUGGAAGAAACGUCAACGGUUAUCGAACAACUUGUUCAACCAUCCGUUGAACUACAAAUUCCAGCGGAUCAAGAACAUGUCCAAGAAGAAGAGGAAAUUUCUGCAGAAGAAAAACUCUUGAUUCAAAUGAAAGAAGAAUCGUUUAAGAGCGAUGUACCCAUCGAUGAAACUUUCUUGACAACAGAUGCUCUCCAGCUUGAAAAUGCCAACACAGAAAAGGAUAACUCAUCGGAGGAUGUGAAGGAAGAAAUGUCGACGGUGAUCGAACAACUUGAUCAAUCAUCAGUUGUACCACCAAUUUCGGCAGAUCAAGAACCUGUUAAAGAAGAAGAGGACAUUUCUGCAGAAGAAAAACUCUUGAUUCAAACUAAGGAAGAAUCGUUUACGAAAGACGAACCCAUCGAUGAAAUUUCCUUGACAACGGAUUCUCUCCAGGUUGGAAAUGUGAACACAGAAAAAGACAACUCAUCAAAGGAUAUGGUACAGUACACUUGCAGCACUUAUUUCAAAAGUGAACAAUCGAUUUCACAAUACUUACCGAUCUCAAACACAAAGUCCAUAAAUCAACUCAACGGAUCUCUCGCAACAAAUGAAGCUGUUUAUCUUUUAAAGACUCUAGCCGUUGAAAAAUUUGCCGAACUGCUGAAGCUGAAUGAUGCUGAAAGACAGUACUAUGAACAGAUUGAACAAGGAAAAUCGUAUAAAAAUAGAGCUUCAACCACUUUUGACAGUACGUCUCCAGGAAAGGAUGAAAUCAAAAUGGAGGAUGGAAGCAGUAGAUGCAUUGAUGAAACAAAGGAAUCUGUGGAGGCUGUGGAUUUAUCACAUUUAAAUUCUUUUGCAAUAACUUAUCUUUCCGAGUUGCAACGUGCGGAAAAACAUUAUUAUGAAAUAAAAUGUUUGGAAAACAUUGAAUCCCUAUCAUGCAGGCUGACUAAAAGCAGCGAUCUGAAUAUGGAUUGUGAACUCGAGGUAUUUAGUAAAAUGCAAAACACUUUACAAAGCAAUGAUGUGCCUGUAGAAUUCGAAAUAAGUGAGAAACUCCACAAGUUUGAUUCUAAAGUGGAACCUUUACAUAAAACAACACGUUCAAGCGAAGCUUCAGAUCAGUCAGAAUUAGAGAAGAGAGCUCACAACAGUAAAAUAAAUACUUCUUUUAAUGAAUCAGAAAAUGUUGAAUCUUUGAAACCCAUUGGCUCAGGUGUGCUUUUGAUGGAUAGCAGCACAAAUGUAUCAGAAAAUAUUUGGAACAAAGGUCUGCUAUACUCAGAAGUAGUUGCUCAAAAUUUAACAAAUGUUCAGGAAAACAAAAAAAUAAGCGUAAAAUCGGUUCAAUUAAGUGAGCUAGGUGAAGAUCAAACAGUACAAAGUUCAUUUGAUGAAUCAAAAGGGACGAUGUAUUCAUCUUAUCAAAAGAGUUUAAAUAAAUUCAACGAUGAAAGAGCAAUAAGUGGUGAUGAAUCUGCAAGAGUAACACAAGAGAAUGGACAAAAUGAAUAUCGGGACAACACAUGGAAGAAUGAUGAUAAAGAUGUUAUUUUAGCAUCACCUGUGAUUGAGAGCUGCUCAGCAGUGGCAGAAGAUUUAUCGUCAAAUUUAAAUCAGCGUUUAAAACAACCGUUGGACACAGCUUAUAACAACGGAAAAAAACACACUGAAAUUGAACGUAUCGAACAUAGCAUUGACAACAACUUUUUAUCAUUUUCUCAAAAUGAAUGUUGGUUGAACAAACCAAUUUAUGAUAAAGCUGAAUGUUUAUAUUACACGUUGAAGUCAAAAGAAGAUGCAAUAACUUCAAACGAGGUUUUGCCAUGUAAUCAAUCUAAUGAAUCUGUCAGAUUCCCGAGCUUGACAACACCAAACGUCAUGAACAAAUCAAUUGACGUUAAGCAAUUAGCUGAAGAUGAUGUAAAUGAGACUAACAGACAGCCAAAGUGUGAAGCUAAAAAACUAACAACUACAUCAUCAGUACUAAAUAUUCCCAUGAAACAAAGCAUUUCCAAUUCCGAUGAUCCUGAUACUCCCAAACGUCCCACGGAACUACAUUCGCUAGGUUCAACGAACAACGUAGCACUUAAUUAUUCUGAACAGAAUGAUCCUGAAAGCACAAUAGAUAAACAGAUAUUACCCCAUGAUGUGGAAAAUAUUUUGGAGUCGUUACUAUCAGCAGAGCUAAAGAUGAACAACCUUCCCUAUGACAACAUUAAUGAUCUGAUUAAAGGGUUACAGGUGCUUAUUGAAAAACUAGCAGAUUAUAAGCAACAAAAUUACGCAAUUUCUAUGUCAUUACCAUCCAAUGCUGAUAUGAAGAUACAGGAGUCGAUCCGUCAGAUAGACGAUCGCAUUGAUUUUCUACGGCAAAGAGCGCACGAUGGAUUGGAAAAAAUACAGCAAACAUUGAAAAUUAGAGAACAGCGUAAAAAAGAAGUACAAGCAUAUCUUUCACUAUUAGAAGAGAUCGAAAGUUGGUUAUCGACAUCAUCAAUACAGUUAGAUGAUGUCGAUGAUGAUAGUACGGAAGAUGACAUAAACCAAAUGUUGUAUCGAAACCAAAACCUUCUUCGCAAUCUAACUGUGAAGGAAACUAACGCCAGAGCAAUAUAUGAAAAAACUGACGAGUUUUUGAUGUAUUCAGAUGUAUCUGAUAGAACAAAGUUGCUAAAGGAGAACCUAAGCGCUAUCAUAAGGACAAUGCGAGAGAAAACACUUAUUGUUGAAAACAACAUUCAACGACUGACACAAAAACUAAAACCGAUUGAAAGCACUAUGGUGAACACUGAAAUGCAAACCAGUCCUCCAGUUUCACUUGAUGUUUACAAUAAAGCUCCUGUUGUACAACAAGAUACAUCAUCUCAAACCCACAAAACUGGUUCCACGGACAAUAUACUUAUUAUUCAGUCUGUAUCAAAUGGUCAAGAAACUCUUCAAAUUUCAAAUGUGCGCAAUACUCCGCUAAUGGGUACAACAGAUGAUAUAAUUGUAGAAGCAAAGUACACUCACCCUCAAGAAGGAGAAGGUAGAAAAUCAUCAGAAUUACUUCUGCAAAAUAUUCCCUCUCAGUUUGAAAGUACAUUUGUCGAACCAGAUGAUAGUACAACAGAGAUCGUGGUGGAUAAAGAUGGUUCUAAAAAAAUCACCUUAAGAAAGACUAUACAGCCAAUACAAUCUAUUGGCCCAUGUGAAAUUCCAAGUACCAGUACGUUGGAUGCUACAAUAUUACCCCCAGUAAUUGAGGGAACAGUGCUGGAAGUCCAACAACCAAAACUAGUAAGCGAGGAAGUUCAUGUCGCACGCAACAUUGUUGGGGAGAUCCUGGACAAUAUUCAAGAACAUGUAGUUGAUACGAUAGUUAAAAAGGAAUCCGAGCUACUGGACACCCAGGAGCAAGAUUCUCAGGUAUUCGAAUCCGAUGCACUUAAAGUAGAUUUGAUUGCUUCUGUUGUUGAUUCACCAAGUACUAGUACCGUAUUUAGUCUGCAAAGUACAUCUGAGCCUUACUCAAAUCUUACAGCAAAAACAGAUUCAAACUUAAAUGCAUCAGUCGUAGAACCCGUCGGUGACAUCUGGCCUCCAUCAGAAUCAAUAACUGUAGGAGAGUUUGGAAGUGUUUGUAAACCCGAUAACACAACAACAGCCCGGACUGUUCGUUUUGAAAUGAUGAAACCGGAAGUUAUUUGUGAUGAAAUUUGGCCACAAAGUUUGAAAACAGGAUCAAGUUACUUCGAUGUUGCACCUCAGUUCCCGACAUUACCAUCAACAAAUAACGAUGAUUCUACCACACCAGAGAAAGUAUAUCAAGAUGAACAAUCAAUAUCAAUAUAUGGCGGAGAAACUGUUCAAGAAAUUUCUUUAAUAUGUAAAGAAUCGGAAGAAAUUCAAGAAAGUGAACAGCAAGUUGUUGACGAAGCCCUUGAAGCAACAGUGCACAAAGGCAUAGAACCAACGCCUGAUGAUGUCCAUCCAAAGGAGAAAUAUGAUAGUUUACCAGUUGCUGAAUCUUUGGAAACCGACAGUAAAGACGACGGUAUAAAAUCACCAGCGCCAGAUGUACCUUCGGAGGAAACACGUAUAGGUGAAGCAAUGAUUGAAUCUUAUGAAACUAAAAGUAAGCACGAAGAUGUAAUAGCAGACAAUGAAACAUGCGGCGAUGACAGAAAAGAACAGCUCACAGAUAUACAACAAACCAAAUGUGAAUCUGAUGGAAAACUUAAAGUUCAGGUUGCUUCAACGAAAGAAGAACAAAGUUCUAUAAAACUCACAAUGAACAUUGUUCCAUUAGAUGCAAAGAAAAUUAGUGUAAGUCUGAUUGAAAUCGGCCAUACUGAUUCAAAAAUAGUUCCCACAGAGGACCCUUCGAGAAUCGAAGAAAGUAAUCUUUCUAAAGAUCUGCUGGCAUCUGGAAAAAUUCCAGGACUAAGCGAUAUCGACUUCGAUAAAGGAUAUGAUGCUGAUAAAACGACAGUCGAUGGGGAAUCUGAAACUGAUGAAUCACAAAAGAAGAAAAAACGCAAGAAGAAGAAGCAACGCAAUGAUACUGAUAAGGCUAUAAACACGGAAAUGUUAGAAUCGCCAGUUGUACCAGUUGAAUCAAUUGCACUUGAUUCUCGUGCUGAAGAACAAAGAAUCAAUGAAACACAAGAAAGCAUCGUUGACGAGCCUAUUGAAACGUCAUCAUUUAUACAGGAACGAUUAAUCGUUUCAACUGAGGUUAUAGAAGCAGUUUACGUUGAAGAUGUUCAACAACAAACAACUCCCGUUGAGUUUGAACAUCCAGAUUUUGGAUUGGAUCAAGAAGUAUCGAAACUUACUUCUGAAAAGUUAAUUGUUCCUAUCGAUAUAGAACAAAAAUCAAUGCAAACGUCUCCAGAACCCGAAAUAUUCAAAAUGUCUCACCAAACAUCGCCCAUACAGACAUCAGCUGUUGCAUGCGAAGCAAAAGAAAUUCAAACAACAAUGCAAGUAUGCGAAAUCGAAACACAAACGCUCAACACUUCUCCAAAGCAUCAAAUAGAACAAGAAUCUCAAACUGAAGUGAGCAAAAGUGAGUUUAUGGAUAAAUCUGCAGAAACUCCAGUUAUUGAUGUAGUAAACACGGCAAAUCAAACCAUCAUUACAAAAACCGCUGAGAUGGAAAUACAAACGAUAGAAAACGUUGGUGAAAUUGUGGAGCCUCUUGUUACAAGUAUUAUUAAUUUGGCAGUAAAAGAUGAAGUAACCUACACACACCAUUCGAUCCAAACAAGUCCGAUAAGUUUUGAACCAUCAAAACAAGAUGUGCUUGUGCUUCAUGAAAGUAUACAGACUAUACAACCUGAAAUUCUUGAUGCUUACGUGGAAACCGAACAGAUUCUUCAAGAAAACGCUACAUCACCUGUAACUCAGGAGACAAAGAGUGAUGUACAAAUUCAAACUAGUCCUAUUCAUAAAACAGCCAUGGUUUUGGGGAAAUGUGAUACCCCAAAUACAUCCGGUGUGGAGAAUGUCAAUCAAGAUACCCAAACAAUUGUAAUCGAUGUAGUGGAUAACCAAGCACAAACAAACCCUGAACCACCAACUGGCGUAAGCAAGAUUGAAAUUCCCUGUACCGACAACAGCAAAAACGGUAAAACUAGCUCUGAAAAAAGCAAAAAGAAAAUGAAGAAAAGAAAAUCCGACGGUAAACUACCUUUGCAAGUUGAAGUCACAGCACAAUUUGAAAUUCCUGACAGUUGUGCAGAAAUUGACGCAUUCACAGUUAAAAAAACUAUCAUAUCAGAGACAAACGUUGAUUCAAAAAGUGAUCUCGAUAUUCACGUUCAGUUAGAUAUUGAUCCUACUCCUCACCGUUCUGAGUCGUUUAUAAUCAAUGAGGUGAUAUUGGAUGAAAAGAUUGUAACCUUAGGACUACACAAUUAUUUGUCCAUCUUGAAAUCCCAACAAAGCUAUGCUGAGCACAAAAAAGUACCAUGGAGUGAAAUGGCCAGUAUGCUGGAAAAUGUGUAUAGAGCUGGUAAUUCUGUGCAAACAUCAUACCCAAAUGCUCUCAGGACUACUUCGGUUGAUGCUGAAAACCAAGAGCAUGAUUAUCUGGGCUUAGGAAAAGCAUUGUCUUUGUUGCAAGAAAAUUCUACCGAUGCAACUAUGCAAAAUCAAAUUCUUUUCGAGAUACUAGAAUCAAUCAGUACGCCAACAGAGGAAAUAAUAGCUGAUAUAAACAAAUCGAAAAACCUGGACAAAACAGAUUGCUUCAGAAUCUGUGAAAUGCAUAGGCAGAGAUUGGUGUAUAUACUGGAAAUUAUACAAAGAAUAAUUAUUUUCAUUACAAGCAACAAUACACAGCCGAAUAACGACGUUGUGAAAUGUUUUGAAUUAACAGCAAAUGAAUUGAGACAUCUUGACAAUGAAAUUACCAGUUUGGAAACAGAAUACCGUCGAAAACAAGUUUACACCGAUGAUUUGGCUGGAACAUUACAGUAUGUCAAUGCACAAUUUGAUGUUAUUGAUGAAAAAUUAUCCAAUGUUAUAAACAAUGAAACAUUACCCAUCAAUAAAAAACUACUUCAACUGGAUGAAUUAGAACAGCAAUAUUUGGAGUGCGCAAAACGAUUGCGCUCUGUACCAACUGAACUCCAAACAAUAAUGGAUAGCACAUUUGAUAGUUACUUUGAAACAUUACUGGAGACAGCCGGGAAAAAAUCGCGAAAAUUGUCACAUUCUGUAAUAAUAGAACGCAACAAGUUAAAUCAGCUGAAUAGUUUGGCAGAAGAAUAUGAACAAACACUCCUUGAAUUCCAAGAUAUCACAGAUGCUGCAGAAAGUUUUAUAAAAAAUAACAUCGUCACAAACAGUCUAGAAGAGCUUCAGGAAGAAAUGCAACGAUAUCGAAAGUUUUUUGUCAAUUUAAAUCACUGUAAAAUGAUUCUCGAGUCGCUUGAAUCUAAUCUGGACCCAAUAACGCGACUGAAACAUGCAGAGCUGCAUUCAUCUUUAUACAACCAAACAGCGUCAAUAUUGGAAAAAGCUGUGGAUAAAGCAGCAAAGUUAGCGCAAGUAGCAAGCAAGUGGACCAUACUUCAAAAGGAAAUGCGUAAUGAAUCUCAAUGGCUGCAAAUAGCACAACAACGUGUUCCCGAUUUACAGAAUGUGUCUUCUGAAGAUUUUGAACAGUUUAUAACGCUGUAUGAGUCACUGUACCAAGAUAUUGUUUAUCAUCAUGCAAAGAUGAUACAGCAGAAUGAAGUGGCCAAAAAAAUGCAAGAACAUGUUUCAGCCCCAAUCUUAGAAAAAGAAAGCAAUGAAGCUUUGACAGUCAUUGUGCAACUAAGGGAAGAAGUUUCACUUCAUUUGAACAUGUUGGUCAAAUACAAAUUGCACUGGAAUAAUUACAACAAUUCGGCAGACAAGCUAGGUGAAUGGAUAUGUUCUUGCCAAAAAACGCUGCGUGAAAUACACAUUCCUUCAAAUUUGGUUGACACUCCAGUAGAGGAUAUGCGUAAUUUUUGGGAAAUUAAAGCUCAAUAUGAAGUGCUCAAUAACAAAGUGUACAAAAGUGCUUGUGAUUCAUUUGAUAGAGCACUUUCGACAGUAAACGUCAGUGAUGAACCUUUACAACGACAGUUGCAUGGUCAGCUUCUCGAAAAUUGGUUGGAUGUUUCUUCUACAAUAUCACAAAUUCAAAACAAUAUUUCUGAAUCAAUGAAAACUGACUCAACUACAGUCAGAGAUAAAAUCGCGUUUAUAGAGCAAGAGCUACAAGAAAUCACUACAUUGUUCAACAACACCAAAGGAGUACUUAAAUCCCAAGAAGAUCUGUAUGCGUACAUUGAAAAAAUUCAAAUGCUCCGUACGCGAAUUCAUCUAAUCGACUCAGAAUUGGGUCAAAUCGCCUUGGGAGCUGAUUCUAAUACAGAAAAAAUAAGUGACAUAUUUGGAAUUUCCCGAAACAUCUCUCAGCAAAUUAACGAGGAAUACGAAGCAGCGGAAACAUUUUUCAAAUUUUUGGAAGACAUUGAGAAUGGUAUCAAGGAAGAGGAAAUUAAUUUGUCUCAAAUUUCCAAAAUCUUGGACACAACAAAUGUCAAUUGCAAACGUCCGGAUGUACAGAAAUCUCUUGAUGAUUGUAUUCAAUGUCAACUGUUGUUGAGCGAUUCGUGGAACAAACUGAUGAGAUUAAGGCAAAUGCUUCAUACAUUACCAAUGAAUCUAAAAGUAUCAGUUUCACCGUUGCAAACCGAACGGGCUUUGUCUUUGCUUCAGACUACACAUAACGACCUGGAACAAAGAUGUGGAAAUAUAAUAAUUCAACUGAAGCACAGGUUAACCUUGUGGAACAAAUUUCAUCGGCAACUGGAAAUGAUUCAAGAACACAUUCAAGAAACUGAGUUUAUGAUGGAGUUGAUGCAGCUACAGGAAAAUGCCGACUACCAAAGAUUAUUGACCGCAACGGAGAGACUUGAUGCUCUUUUAAUUGAAAUUGACAGUAGAAAAAAUACUGUUGAAGAUUUGAAAUCAAUAGCUCAACCAUUGAUAGAAACAUCCGACGAAAGUGUUUCAUUAGAAAUCCAAGAAACAGUGCAGAAAAUCACAGUUGUUUGGCAAAAUACACGGGAAAGUUUAAAGGAGUUAUGCCAACGAUACGAAAAGGCUGUGAAAUUAUGGCAACACUAUCAUGAUGUUUGCAAAAAUGUAAAGCAUUGGGUAGAGCACGAGGCGUCUGAUACAGAUACGUUGGAAUACAUGAACGAGAUAUCUCAGUUGGAAGUUUAUCAAAACUUAAUUGUUGAUAAAAGGAAGGACUUGGAGCAACUUAAGGACCUGAUAAACAAUAUAAACGUGCAAGUCGGGUUUAACGUGACUGGUCCAUUGAUAUUGGAAAUUGAAGACUUCAGUCAUAAAAUAGAAGAAAUAGAAGAAAAUGUUAUCUCUCACAAGGCUGACAUGGAAUUCAACAAUUUCCAGAGUAACGAGAACCGAUUUGUGCUUAGUCAAGCACAGCAACUAUUUGAUAACUUACAACAGAGCUAUGGAGAUCAUGAUUUUAAUACCGACUUGGAAUCAAAAGUAAAGCACCUCCGAGAAUAUAUGAUCAAUUUAUGUGCUACAGAAUCCCGCUUAGAAGAUAUUUUAAAUGGCAAGCAAAAUGGAAACCUACCAGAAAGCGAGGUUAAAAACUUGCAUUUAAUUUCCCAAUCUUUAUUGCAAGAUUCGUUGGAGCAGUACCAAUGCUUGAUGCAAAAAAUAAUAUUGCAUGGAAAUGAUGAAAAUUUCAUCAAUUUUUGGGACAAUUACAUGACAUUUGUGAAGACAUUCCUUGAACAGGAUACACCAUGUAAUGAUACAGAGCUGCGUAAGCUAAGGAAUCAGUAUUCUUUGAUUGCUCACUUACUAAAGGAUUUAAGAGCACUCAUCAUGAAAAAAUCGAGUAUCAAAAUGAGCCAUGCAGCCAAAUAUAAUUGCCUGAACGAACAACAUAGUUACUGCAUAACAACGGCUGAAAGUCGCUUAGUUGACAUAGAAAGCAGAUUGCGUCACUGGGACAAAUACAACAGUAUCAAAUCCACAUUGAAGCAAUCUAUUAGUUACAUUGAACGUGAAAAGUACAGUCUUCAGCUUGUUUACAUAAGUCUGAAGGAGAUUUCCAAAAUGCAAAACAAAGUAAAUGAAUUACAAAUGCUGUUUCCACAAAUUGAACAAGACUUGGACGAUAUGCAACGAGAAACUUCAGAAAUUCUAAGUUUUACAAAGGAUGAACAUAUAAUGAUUCAAAUCCGGAGUGACCACGGAAAACUAUCCCAACAAACUGCCAAGCUAAAAGAAAGUAUCGAAACAUGGAUUGAUUUUCUAUCCAGGAUAGCGAAUCUGCACGAACACUUCCAUUCGAAGUGUGAUCAGAUCCAUUACAAUUUAGUGGAGCUAACCCGUUGCCUAGAAGAUGUGAAAAUAGAUAGUCUUGGAGCAUCUCAACAUCAUCUGAACAUGUUGAAAAAUGAACAAUUACGUUUGGUUGGAAUAAAGGAUACAUUGACCACUACGAAUGAAAUACGGGAUGAGCUGAAACAACGUAUCAGUGUAUUCGAUGCUAAGUUAAUUCAUCAACGGGUCUGGCAGCUUUGGCAAAUGUUCGAAAAACUGGACUAUUCAUUAUCAGUUCUUUUGAAGCAAAUGCAGGAAAGGUUACAAAACCUUAAGCUAUUUUCUCAGCAAUACAUAAUUUUAACAAACUGGAUGAUGGAGUUUGAAAACCGUAUCAAUGAUUCCAACAAAUAUCAAACGUGUGAAGACGACGCAACGUUCAUAAAAUCUGUUGAGGAACUUUUGCUUCAAGAGCUGUUGCUGAAAGAAAAUGAAAUAGAGUGGUUUAAUAUAGUUGGGAUUGAUUUAGCUAACAAUUUACAAAAGGGAGACGAACAGCUGGAGAUUAAAUCAAAGCUUGAACUCCUCAAUUCUAACUGGAAAAGGCUAAAGACACAUUGUCACAAUAGGACUCAGAAAAUACAGGAAGUCAAUAGUACUACCAUUUCCCUGCAACGCAGAAUCGAAGAUAUUAAAACAUGGAUGAACAUAAUUGAACACGAUUUGAAAUCUCCGUUUUUGUUUGAAACGUUGGAUGAUUCUACUUUAAACAUACUAAUGGACCAAUACGACAAUUUACAACGAUCAAUUGAAAGCAACAGUGGAAAUGUAGGCGAGGUUUUAAAUCUAUGUGAGAUGUUGUUCACUGAUGUAGAGUCAUGGAACGUUCACAUUGAUAGAAAGCAUGUACUUCAUGAUAUAAACAAUUUGGAACUAAGGUGGAAAAAUAUUUGCUUGGAAUCAACGAAACGCAAGGCAGAUUUGUUGUCAAUUUGGAAUAUGUUGCUGGAAAUUGAAAAAAUCACAAAUUCUCACCAAGAAUGGGUUGAAAAAUGCAACAGGUACUUAGAUACACUGGAAAACUUUUACCAGUCAUCAGUGAACAUAGAAAACAUAAGUGAAAUAUUUGAAGAACUCGCUAUACGACAAUCUGACAUGAUUGCUCAGGAACCUAUAUCACAUAUAUUGAGAAAAUUGUUUGUCUCUCUCAACAAACACGAGAGAGCUGAUGCAGCUAAUAUGAGGAAUGUUACUAAUGUGGCCAAGAGGAUUCUGUCGAUAUGGGAAUGUCUUUUGUGGAGAUCAAACAAUCUUAAAAAGGAGCUAAGUGAUUUACAAACUAUGCACACAGUAUUUAUCAAUGAAUAUGAGAAUAUUAUAAUGGCAUUGACACAAAUUGAUGUGCAAGUAAUAAACAUCAAGCAUUUAUCAGAAGCUAAAGACGAUACACCGGAAAUAAAAAGAAAACGACUACGUGAUCUUCAUAACGAACUGCGAUUUGUAAUCAAUCUAUUUGAUAAGCAGGACGAGUUAGGCACCAGUUUAAUACAGAGACUAUCAAUGCCAAACAGUAUUCAUUUGAAGAUACAAGAAUACCAUGAUUUUGCAAAUAACAUCAAAUCAAGUCUAGAUGCAUUAUUGUCGGAAACUAUUCAGGAAUCGGACAAGCAAAAAAGCCAGCACAGCUCUCAAAUACAAACGGAAUGUUUUGAAAAAGAUUCUGCUGUUCAAGUCAAUACCUUGCCAGCUUUGUCUCACGGUAAAUCAAUUACUGCUAAGGAAGCAUAUCAAUAUCAACUUGAAUCAGCUCUCGUCGAGGCAAGAGGACACUUGGAAAAUCUGCAUACAGCGAUAAAUGAAAUAAACGUGAAUAAUUUCAUGACGUCAACUCAAAAAGUAUCUAAAGUGUCCGCCACUUGUGAAUCAUCGAUUGAGCUGAUAAAGCAUCUCAAUCUUAUGGUUUUGUCUGAAACUCAGAGUGACGAGGAAGAUACUAUGAAUAAGCUGGUAACUAUUGAAUGCGAUAAAUUCACGCAGUAUCAAACAGAAUGGCGAUCUAAGCAACAAAAAUUAGAAGAACUGAGAUCUUUCCCAAUUGCUUACAAUUUCAUAUGUGUACACAAUGACGAUUAUCUCACAUGUCCUUUGUGUACAAACCGAAACUGGCAACAAAUUGAUAACGACCUAUGGCGACUUGAGCAAUGGUUACAAAUGGCAGAGGCAAAUCAGAAAAGUCAACACACCAAUCCUCCGACGGACAUCGACACGCUGGAGGAUACCAUUCAGGACCACCGGGAAUUUCUGUUAGAUCUGGAUAGUCACAAAAGCAUAAUAAAGUCGCUCAACAUUGUUGGCGAACAUUUGGCGACGCACACACUGGAUACGGAAAAGGCGGUCAGAUUACGCGAACGUCUUCAAGCAGACAACCAACGAUGGGAGAAAGUUUGUAGUCUAGCGUCACAUUGGCAAUCCCAGUUACACCAUGCGCUGAUGGACAACAAAGAAUUCCAUCGGACAGUUACUGAACUUUGCGCUUGGCUAGAGCAAACAGAAAACAAAAUCAAAAGUUCUGAACCAAUUGAUUUGACUUCCGACAUGAAACUCAUUGAGCGAAAAUAUAAAACCUUUAGAGAGUUGCGCAGUGAUUUAGUUCGUUGUGAGCCACGUGUCGUGAGUUUACAGGAGACAACAUCUCAGCUUACAAAAUAUUUGGAAGCCAACAAGUCCCAGCAAUUUGAUGAGAUAUAUGCAAAGUUAACAGAUUUGAGACUAAGAUUCCACUCAAUACGAAGACUGGUGGAAAUGUAUACAAUAAAAAUUGCCGCUGCCUUGGGUUAUGAUCCAACAUUUGAUACAAACAGUAUCGCAUCGGUAGAUACUCUACCAGGGAUUCAAGGCGUUAGCGGAUCGCUCACUCGCGUAGCCGGACAAGAGUCCAAUGCAAAUGCACAAGAGGGAGAAGACGACGAGCACAUCAACACAACAGUGUUGACCAGAAGUUACCGAUUCUUGGGCCGUGUUGUACGCGCUUCUUUACCAAUUCAGGCAAUGCUGUUAUUGCUAUUAGGCGUAGUUACUCUCAUGCCCCACGGUGAAGACUACUCCUGUACAUUAACUAAUAACUUUGCACGCAGCUUAGAACCAAUGCUACGAUAUCCAAACGGACCCCCACCUAUCUGAAGGGGUUGCUUUUGACAUGUAUUUGAAACCAUUUUUUCCAGUGAAGAAUGUGCAAUAAAACUAGCAUUUAACAUUAA